UUGAAAAAAUGCAAGGUACGAAGAGCGUUCGUUUCGAGGACGUUGAAAGCCUGAUGGAACAGAUGAUGAGAGUCGCUAUAUUUCGACCGGCUGAAAAACGUGACAUGUUAAGAAUUUCGAACAACUCGAACGAUCCAAAUGUCAUAAUGGAUCUGAGACACAAGACGAUCGGUGAGUCUCUUCCGGUAUCGAUGUCGAAGAGUGCAGUUCUCGCUGAAGUGACGAGGAUUAUAAUGGACGAAGAGACUCAAGCUCUGUACCGGAAACGUGAGAACGAGCUGUUGGAAAGCGAGUUAAAAAAAUUCGAAAAAGGACUGUCGAGCUCCAGGCCAAGGUUUCGAAGCCCAUACCCAUGUGGGAAACGCAAAUUUCUUGAAAACAUCGAUGACUACAACGACCUCUGGAAAAUGGCACCUCGGAGGGUCAAGGUUAGAGUGAAGGACAUUUCGAAAGCGCCUGAUUUAAGAACCGAUGAAAAAGCCAUUGAAAAUUCGUGCGGCAUCGAAACUAUCAAAGUGACGAUAAAGGACAAAUCCAAUUCCGGUUGCAAGCGUAGAGAAAUUGAAAUAAUGAAAGCGUGUUUCGAAACGUGGGUCGACUGGACGAGAGAGGGGGUCCGUUUGAGAGAAUUAAAAUUGAAAAUCCAGGAAAACGUGGCAAACCGUAGACUCAAAAAAUAUUUUGAAAUGUGGAAGCAAAAAAUAGAAAAUUCGAAAAAACUCGCUGAAAAGAGGAAGGAAAAUGUUGUCAUGACCGACGAGAGAAAAAUCGAACUUUUCGUUAACGCCAUCAACGAAAAACAGAAGAAAAUGGCAAAGAAGUCAUCGACCUUAGACUUCAUUUCAAAAAUUCAAAAAAAUCCAUCGAGCGACGAGAGUCAAAAAAAAUUUGGGGGAAGCCGUCAAGCCUCUGCCAAAAUCCACCUCGUUCAACCCCCCACUCUCAACCGUUUAAACGCGCAGAAAAAAAUAAUCGAAGAACAGAGAAUGAAACUGGCUGAACAGAACAAAAUAAUCGAGGAAUUGACCCUCAAUAAAAUGGAAAAAGACGCGAGAAAAACUGGCAGAGAGACUAUCGACGCGGCUAAGGAAGCUCUCGCUCAUUGCGGACGAAAAACUCGAAGAACUUUGGUACAAUUGAUGCGCGAGGAAGGAUGCAGGGACAAAAGUCUUCUGGAGCCACCUCGAAUCCCCAGCCCCCCAAGGUUUUUGGCAAGGAUGGAGGCGAGAGCCGCAGCGAGACGAGAAAGAGUCAAAAGAGCUGAAGAAGAGAGAAAAAAGAAAUUGGAAGAGCAGCGAUUGAAAGAAGAAAAUGCGCGACGAGAGGACGAGGAGAAUCGGAAGCGUUUGCAGCUGGAAGCGCAGAGGGAAGCGAAACGAAUUCGCGAGGAGGCGGAGAAACGGCGAGCUCGAGACCUGGAGAGGACGAGAUUGGCCAACGAAAUGGCUGACGAGUUUUAUCGAAAGUAUUUGAUGCGUCGUUACAUCUUCGAUCCACUCAUUCUCCUCAUCGAGCAAAAGCAGAAAAAUAGAAAAAUAGCGGUGGAGCAUUACGAUCGGAAUUUGUUGAGAAAAAGCAUUGAAUUUUGGCGAACAGAAACGAAAAAUUUGUUGGAAGUGAAGCUCGAAUUGUCGGUAACAAUUUGGAGAAGAAAUCUGCUGUGGUAUGCGUUCAAAAAUUGGCUCGAGGCGACCAGAAGCGAAGGCAAAAAAGCUCAAGUCGCCGUCGACUUUUACGAGUUACAAUUGCAGGACAAAUGUCUAAAAAUUUGGUGCGAUCGUGCCAUGGAAUCGAAACUCCGCGAUUCAGAAAACUGCCAAUUGGCCGUUCUUCACAGUGAAAACAGGCUGAAAUUAGGCUGCUUCAAAAAAUGGCGCAAGUUUUUGGACAUCUCUGGAGACGUCAAAGAGUCCGAUCGAACGAGGAAUCUUUGGAGAGAAUUGGUACAGCGCGUCGUCCCUGACUUCGAUCCAAAACAACGAGGAGUCAUGAUCGAUGAUUGAAACUGAAAAGAGAAAAAAAUUAGCUAAGGAGACAACAUUUUUAAAAAUUUACAAAAAUUCACUCAAACACCGUUUACGGACG